ACCGAACUACCAGAACCUCAAAAUAUUACUCGGAAUGUGGAGGAAGGUCAUGAACUUAACAUCACGUGUCACAACAGGAAGGUAGCAAGUUCGUCCGUCUUAUGGACCAGAAACGGUAUUCCUGUGCAAACAGAAAAAAGCAAGUUUCUGUACAUAAAGAGUGUGAACAGAACACACGCUGGGAACUACAUCUGUGUCUCACUGUCUCCUGAUGGCAAUCAUAGUUCACCUAUCACUGUUGUUGAUGUGUUAUAUGCACCAGGCAUUCAUUUACCUCACAAUAAGCAAGUGUCGAUGGAGUUGCUAAGAGGCAAUUCAACGACGCUUAAGUGUGUAGCUGCUGCAAAUCCUUCACCGUCGUUUACUUGGCGUAAAGGGAAACAUGACAUUAGUGACGGUUUCAACAGUACCUGGAACUCAAGUUCUUUGAAAGUUACUCCUGUAAGUAAUGGUGACUUUACAAGCUAUGUGUGCACAGCAAAGAACCGGCUUGGAUGGGAUUCGGCAACAUUCGACUUGCAGGAGAAAGGGUUACAAGAAAGCGAUAAAACGGCAGCUUCCGCACAACUGAAAGACGCCGAAGACACAAUCACCCAGUACCUGCCAAUCAUCGCAGUUGUAGCCGUAAUCGUGAUUUGUGCUUUGUUAACUCAGCGAUUCCUAGCUAAGAGAUCCAGACGCCAGGUUAAGCAUCAUAAAAAUGACGAUGCCGAAGGGAAUCAUGCUGCAUCAUUUGAAACGGAUUCUAACGAGGUGAACUUUCUCACAUUAAACCCAUCAUUCUCUGGAGAUAUUGAAUGGGAAAUACCGCGAGCAAACCUGAAUAUAGAGAAGGUGAUUGGUCGUGGUGCUUUUGGCGUGGUAUCACGUGGGUUGGCCCUGGACUUGCCAGGGAAACCAGGAUGGACUGUAGUAGCAGUAAAGAGCAUUCAAGAGGACGCCUCGGAAAAGGAGAAGAGAGAUCUGCUGUCAGAGAUGUCAGUUCUCAAACAUCUCGACCCUCAUCCUCAUGUUAUAUGCCUUUAUGGCUGUGUCACCACUGAAGCACGGCCAUUGGUAGUGGUUGAGUACGCUCAGUAUGGUGACGUCCUUGGAUACCUGAGGAAGAGCCGAGGGGUCCGCGAUAACUACUACAGUGAUCCAUCAGUACAACCUCGAACCAGCCUCACUUCCAAGCAGCUGCUAAAGUUCACUUGGGAGAUCAGCGAUGGUAUGGACUAUUUGUCAAAGAAAAAGAUAAUCCAUCGCGAUCUGGCCGCUAGGAACGUAUUGGUAGGUGAUGAAGAAGUGUGCAAGAUCACCGACUUUGGCAUGGCCAGAGAUGUACACGAAGAAGACAUCUAUGUGCGAACUCAUGAGGGACGUCUGCCAAUAAAAUGGACUGCACCUGAGGCUUUGUUCGGUAGUGGCGCAUACACUACUGCUAGUGAUGUGUGGAGCUUUGGUGUUGUGAUGUAUGAAAUCUUCAGUGUGGGAGGUGACCCGUUUCCUGGUGUGUACAUGAGAGAGAUUCCUGCCUUGUUAAAGGAAGGCUACCGGAUGGCAUGUCCAAAAUUUGUCAGCCCAAAACUGUACAACAUUAUGAUGCAAUGCUGGAAGAACAAUCCCUCUGAAAGACCGAGCUUUGAAGUUCUACGCUCCCUGUUACACGGCAUGAUCAGGGACGAAGAACAGGAAUAUGUCAACUUGGCGCAGUUGUUAUACGAAAAUGUUCUGCCCAGCGGCUGCUCGGAAGAUUAGAUAAAUGGAAACAGAGGCCCACUAUCAACUGAUAUGGAGCACAUGGUUUUCCUAGUAAACAUUACUAGUUGAAGAGAGAGAAGAGUUGUCAAUUGAAUUAAAAUUGCAAGGAAGACUAAGGUUAUUCUCUACAUUGCUUGUUAAACCUGCCACCGAGUCUAUGCCAGAAAAGCUGGCUGUGAUUGUUGCGGGCUUCGUUACUCUUUUUACGAGGAAAACAGCCAGAAAUGAUAACGUAACAAAUUUUAAUAGGUAAAUGAAUUGAAAACAGUAUUAUAAUUGUUUUUGUAUUCAUUACCGAGUUCUCUGACAAGUUCCGUCAGCAAGCAUUGUCUGCAAGUUACACCAUACAUUAGGUGUAAACUGCCAUUUGCGAUUAUUUUUUAAAGCACUAGUCAACACUUGUUGUAAUUAAAUUGAGUGUGGCCGUUAAAGUUGCACAUAAAAGUAUAUAUUAUAUUAUCUAUAUUUUCACUCCAGAAUUCUAGUUUAGGUGUCCAAGGCAUAGGGCCGAACGAGAUGGUGGGUGGAAAAGGCUAAAUAAGAGUUGAUACUUGUAUGAAGAGGACAGUUUUAUGUAUUACAGACGUAAAACAAGCAAGAACUGAAAGUAUUGGUGCUAUUAAGAAAAUGAUGAUAAUUGAGCAACCAAUUUAUGGUUUGUUGCGAUGAUUAUCAGUAAUCCUCAUAACUUACUAUUAGCGAUAGAAUACAGGUAUACGUGUUGCAAUAGCAAAAAGGCCGGAAAAUAACUCCCUACCUGUUGAUUGCAGUAAUCGAGGACAACUGCAUUGUGUUACUUGAUAUUGAGUAUGUAUUCAAUCUUGCUAGAUCUCGCGUUGUUCAACUUAACACCAAAUUUAUAUAAAAUUUGAAAACAGUCAAAUUCAGAAAACCUGAGACUACCACUACCUCUCUCAUUCACACAAAGUUUUACCGAUAAUCUCAUUCACCUCUUUCUAUGACAUGAAAAAAAUCAAACUCUUUUGGCAAACUUUGACUUCAAAAUUUCUGUUGAUACCACAGAAGUAUCCGAUGGACAACACCGUAUUUCUGGGACUGAAAUUUGAUACUUCGCAGUUUUCUCUCCAAGUAAACCUCUGUUUUCUUUGAGUGAAACACUACAUAUGGUGCUGUAGGUCUCACAAAAAAAUCCACACCUAACAAAGUUUCUGGUAAUACUUAAUCACAAUAUAAUAUUGAAACCUACGUGGAUCCAAUUUGAAAAAAUGGGUUCCUGUAAUCUCCAUCUUUAACUCUAACUAGACCGUCAGUGCUUUCAUAAGUCGCACUACAGUGGAACCUCCCGUAAGCGACCACCCAAAAUGUCAAGCCUAGGUUAUCGCUAACGAGAACUUAGACCAUAUCGGGUCACAAUUUUGCCUCAUUAGCAUAAUUAUGGUAAGACUUACCCCAUUCGGCAUUGCCCAUCUAAACCCAUUUAAUAACUUUUAGAAGCCACAAAGCUGUUUAAGCUUUCCAAAAUUAGGUAUUCAGAGUAUCAGGGUUCGUUUCUGAUAAAUUACCUAAUAAGGCGAACGGAACAAGUCUCACAAUAGUUACAAUUGAAUCUUAAAUGCUGUCUAACCGUAAGGGAGAACUGAACAUGAACUAAUAAGGGUUGGAUUGCUAGCUUAAAAUUUGACAGUCCUUUUAUAUCACUGGUGACUUACAUAUUAACAAGCGUAACAAAACACUCGACCUAGACCCCAAAAGAGUCCAUACUUUUUGUGUUGGUUGGUCGUACGAUUGCACGAGGUGUUCCGGAAUAAUUAUCCUGAACAGUUAAAAGAAAACAGUAUUACAACUUAGAAAGUAGCUUUUUUUUAAAAUUGAAAAUUAAGAACCAAUGAAACUUAGUUUUUCUUUUCUUAUCCUGUUAAUUUUUUUGUCAAUAUAGUAUUACUCGAUAAUAUUUAGUCAUGCAAGUCUCCUGAGUAUUCAUAAUAUAACUGAAAGUAAUGUUAGAAUUGUAAGUAGAUUAUUACUGUAAGUCAGUUUGCGGUAUGGUAAGUAAUGCGGGUACUGCCAACUUGCUGGUAAUGUUAGUAUUGUAAGUAAUAUUAGUAUUGUAAACAACAAUGGUGUUGUACGUAGACCAGUAAAGUUAAAUAUUCAAGAAAUGAGUACAAUCUUCAACGAACCAAACCCCUUUAACUCCAGUUUCAAUGGGAUCACCUACAUAGCUGGACCAGAAUAAUAUAGAGAAAGGAUUGUUUUCAUUACUGAGACUAACAGAACCAACAAGGCCACUCUUCUUGUGUAGAUGUUUGCGGAACUAACAAUAUUGAUUUAUCUUUCCCAUAAAUCCUUCAAAGUAAGCCGUGUUGAAUUGUAACUUAACACGAUAUAUUGUUGCUGAAUAAAAGGUAUCUCGGCAGCUCUA